UUUUCAUUUUCAUUCCAUAGAUGUUGCAAGCGUUGAUCACCGUUGCGGUAAUGGCUUUGGGAGUGCCGGCAGUCAGCUCACAAGACAUGGAAAGUUCGUUCGUAAACGAAGGACUGCUAAGGAACGAACAAGACUGUUUUGAUAGUUACAUCAACUACACCUUCUCAGACGAAGAACCACCUUAUAAUGGUCUGUAUUGUCCAGUCGAACACGAUUUAAUACUUUGCUGGCCUCCAACCAAGGCAGGGGAUACAACAUACCUCCAAUGUCCUGCAGAAGCUGACCAGUAUCAAACAACUAUGGCCUACCGUUACUGUACGCCGAACGGAACUUGGGAUACAUCUAUCUCACCGCAAGAAAUGUAUUUGAGCGGGAAAAUAUGCAGAUGUCUUCACUGUAGUGUUAUCUUCACCAUCAACUCUUUUGGGUGUGGCCUUUCAGCUUUAGCCUGUAUUGUAGCCUUUCUUAUAUUUUUAUUCAGCAGGCGACUCUGGUGUAGGCGGAAUCACAUACAUUGGCAUCUCAUCAGCUCAUUCAUCCUCAAUUAUUUCGUCUAUUUCAUCGCUCUUGGAAUCCGACAGUCUAGCAAUGCUACAAAUAUUAGGUGGUUAGAAAACCUUCUUGAUACACUCUAUUUCUACGCCUUGAUGACCAACUAUUUCUGGAUGCUCGUAGAGGGCCUUUAUCUACAUACCUUGGUGGUCUUUGCGCUCAGAGUGGACGCUAACAGGAUCAGUUUUCUCAUUUAUGUCUUUAUCGGAUGGAUAUUACCGGCAGUUUUUGUGACGCUGUGGGCUAUUGUGUCGUCUUUAACAAGAGGAGGAUUCGCCAAUCCGUUAUCAGAAAAUGGUAGUGUUCAAGAUUAUAUCUGCUUUAUAGGACCCAUUGGAGUGGCUUUAUUUAUUAAUUGUAUUUUCCUGUUUAACAUCAUGCGCUGCUUGUGUAAAAAACUUCGAGAACAAAUGAGAAACGAGGAACAACAAUCGUGGAGGGGCGCCAAGGCCACGAUGGUCCUGGUGGUUCUCCUUGGCGUCCACUACGUCGUCUUCCUCAUCAUCGUCCCCAUCGUCGAGUCGCAGCUCCCGAUCACCGUCACCCUCGUGCUCCAGUACAUCAACACCUUCCUCACCAGCACCCAGGGCAUUCAAGUCUCCGUCAUCUACGUGUUCCUAAACAGCGAGGUCAAAGGCUCUAUCAGACGCACGACAGUGAAGAUAAUGAGAAAGCAGGACUGCCCUUGCAUGAGGCGGAGAUUAGCAGCGAAUCGCCAGAGAAAUUCAUCCUACUCAAGGUGGUUUACGGACGAGAACACUUGCUUGAGCUCGUUGCGAUCGAGUCCUUCGCGGAACCCAAACAACGGGCGAAUCAAUUCCGAUCUGGCUGCAACGUUGAACGGCGGUGUUGGAACUAGCGACAAACCAACCACGCAGACAGUAACGUCGCUACCGCAGCGGUCCACCAACCAGGAAAAGUCAGACGAAUUCGAGAAUUACGAACUCGGAGCCCUGCCGGAGAAAGUAGACAUCGUUAAAGAUGGCGACGGUGUGGCUGGUAAGCAUAUCCUGCCACCUCAGGAAGGAAUGCCCCUUUUGGAGGACAAGAACGUAGAGGGCGCCAGACAAGCUGCGAAGACGAACAGCAACGGUAGUCCUCACAUUGGAAAUAGAGACACGGACAAGGAUAGAUGUGUUGAUGAUGAUAACAAUCAGUUGAAAUCAAAUGAAACGCAACACCUAACCACUCAUCAUAUCACGUGUUAGCUGGUAGAAAGGAUUAGAUGUUUAUUCUUGUACAAAAUGCACUGAACCCUCGAACAACUCUUGCACUGGCUGCGAGAAAGAAAUAGAACAAAAUGGGACAAACUAAUGUCUAGGUUCGGGUGUGUAUAAGCACCUGCCAGCAGCGUGGUCAGAUUCUAUAGCACUUUCAUCUACACAAACCUUGGCUGAAGAAAAAAAAAGGAGAUAUUGAACGUUGAAAUAACUAUCCGGCAUCGUCAUGUAAUGUCCUGUUUAUAUUGUCAUUGAGGUAUUAUACCGCCAGUUCGAAUAAUUGCACUGUGCUUUAAAAAUCAUCCGUUGUUACUAGUACUCCAAUAUCUACUCUCACAAAAUUUCUGUAAAUUUGUCUAUUUUUUUUCAUAAGGCCCAAUUUUAGUUCUAUCUACCACAAGGUGCGAUUGCAUUAAUUAAUCUCAACUUUUGAAAUCAACUAUAUUUUACAAUUCUUCAUAUAUAGGCUUAUGUGUCAACAGUAGUAAGGUUUUUCCAUCAUCUGGGUGGACCAGGACCCUGUUUUACAAAGAGUUACGAUAGAUUAUUAAUUGAGAUUGAUCUAACUUCAUAUAUCUUAACUACACAAUUUUGGAUCAAACUUUAAAUAUUUUCACGCUGAUCACAAUUUUCACAAAGAGUCAACGGGUGAAAUAAAAGGAAUAAUUCUCAACACUUUCAAAAUUCAUAUGAUAUACCAAUCCACAAGUUUACCCUCUGCCAAAGUUUUAGAUAUCCCAUAAUAAAAAAGCUAUCCGAAAGAAGGCCUUUACAAAUACCUUUCAUUAAGUUUACUGAAUGUUACAAAUUUAUACAGAUUCCUCACCUAGUAACGAGGUAAUUCUUGAUCAUGUUAGUUAAAUGAAUUCCAGUGCUUCAAAUUCAUUUUUGUUUGUUCUUGUUUUGGGGUACAUUAUGCGUGACUGGCGAGCCCAUUGAACAUGUUGAAAGAUCUGUCAAGAAUUGCCUUUGUUUGAAAGGUAUGGAUUAAAUUUGAACCUGUUGGUAAGCAGGUCAUUUAAAGGUACUGUCCGUUUUUUUUCAAGCAUCCCCAAUCGCUCUUGAGAUUUCUAUGAAGUUAUUUUGAACGCCACUAUGAGUCUAAUCAACAUCGUAAAGGUGCCAGCGUUUGCGGGGUUGCUUGUCUGCCUGCAUUCCACGAAAGCUACAAAUAAAUUCGCAUGUAAAAUUUGUAUCAAUGAAAUACCAAAGCGAUGACGUAAGUUGUCAUGGUGUCAUGGCGGUCUGUUAAUCUGUUCGUAAGUUAGGAGCUACUUUAAGAACGAAUGGUUAUCCUUUCUUACGCGCUAAACCAUCGCCAAUUUAUCAUACCAUUUACCACAAGGAAGGAUCACCAGUCAUUCUUAAAUUUGCUCAGAAUGAUGGUAACUACCAGGGACAAAGCACAUCACCAUUUUUGCAAAUACGAAUGUGUAUAGACGAUCGUGCAGCUGCGACUCAGUUUAGAACCAGCCGAUGACGUCACACUUCUGUACUCUUUUGUUGAUCACUUCUUGUUUUCCGCUAAUGAUUCAGUUUCUAACAUAUCAUCAUCUGAUCAAGUACAUGUAUACCAUGUUUUGAAUGUGGUGGCGCCCUUCAUGGUUCCAGUACAAAGAUGACAACUUGAGAGCAUGUGUUUGGUGUUCAGAUGAAUUCGAUCCAGAACAAUGUAGUCAGAGCUAUACACUGUAUAAAAUGUGGUGUUAAAACUGACACCAAUUGGUGUUGAUAGAGGACCACACCCUGAAGUGUUAAAAUAACACCCUAGAGA